AUGUAUGCAGCAGUGACUGUCGACGUCAGCGCCACCCCGAUCGCCAACAAGGAGAACAUUCCGACCAAGCGUUACUCUACCCCUCAAUCUGUCGACAAACUCCACAGGCCCUUUAAAUGCCCCGGGUCAGCGGUGAGGACUGUAUCAGCCGACAGACCGGCCCGGAAGAAGAGAAGGGUCGACUAUAAGGGCGCCGAUGGAUCGACCGACGCCGACAAGCCCUACACCAAUGCCGAUCGACUUGCCCUUGCCAAUCGCGACGCGAACAAAUUCCCCGUCUUUCAGGCCAAGGAUAAGUUGGCAGUCUUUCGCAAGGCCUUCUCGGUACCCCUGAUCAACAAGAACUCGGGGACCUACAACCCCAAUCGACCCCCUCCCACCCUUGGCCUUCGUACCGGUGCUACUUUCAUCGCGAAGCCAUUGCAUGACCCCAGUGGCGAAUUUUCGAUUGUGCUGUACGACCCGACCGUAGACGACAAGCCCAAAGAGCCCGAAAAGAAGCAAGACAAGAAGGAUGCCGAGGGCGAAACUAAGAUUGACGCCCCUCUCGUCCACAAGAGUUUGGCCGAGAUCCUAGGAAUAAAGAAGAAGGUUGAAGGGGAACAUCCUCGAGUUCCCGUCGUCAUCGACCCGAGACUAGCCAAGGUUCUGAGGCCGCAUCAAGUCGAGGGUGUCAAGUUCAUGUACAGAUGUGUUACUGGCAUGAUUGAGGAAAAGGCCAAUGGCUGCAUCAUGGCCGACGAGAUGGGUCUAGGAAAGACGCUUCAAUGCAUUACCCUGCUUUGGACCCUUCUCAAGCAAUCCCCGGAAGCUGGAAAGGGCACUAUCCAAAAGGCUAUCGUCGCGUGUCCUUCCAGUUUGGUCCGCAACUGGGCCAACGAGCUGGUGAAAUGGCUGGGCGCAGAUGCCAUUACGCCCUUUGCUAUUGACGGAAAGGCAUCAAAGGAGGAACUGACUCGUCAGCUGCGCCAAUGGGCCAUUGCUAGUGGCAGAUCAGUAACCCGGCCAGUCAUCAUCGUGUCUUACGAAACCCUUCGUCUCAACGUCGAGGAGUUGAAGCACACAAAGAUUGGUCUCAUGUUGUGCGACGAGGGUCACCGUCUCAAGAACGGAGACAGCCAGACAUUCAGUGCCCUCAACAAUCUCAACGUCACACGGCGAGUCAUUCUGUCCGGAACACCCAUCCAGAAUGACCUGUCCGAGUACUUCUCCCUGAUCAGCUUCGCCAAUCCGGACCUGCUAGGCACCCGUCUGGACUUCCGUAAGCGGUUCGAGCUCCCUAUUCUGCGUGGUCGCGACGCCGAUGCCGCCGAGGCCGAGAGGAAGAAAGGAGACGAGUGCCUUUCCGAGCUGUUGGGCAUUGUGAACAAGUUCAUCAUUCGCCGCACCAACGACAUCCUGUCCAAGUAUCUGCCCGUCAAGUAUGAGCACGUCGUCUUCUGCAACCUCGCCCCGUUCCAGCUCGAUCUAUACAACUAUUUCAUCACCAGUCCGGAAAUUCAGGCGCUUCUCCGUGGCAAGGGCAGUCAGCCCCUCAAGGCUAUCAAUAUUCUCAAGAAGCUGUGCAACCACCCGGAUCUCCUCAACAUUGCAGAUGACUUGCCCGGUUCAGAAGAUUGUUACCCCGAUGACUACGUCCCCAAAGAAGCGCGCGGCCGAGACAGAGACGUCAAGCCUUGGUACUCGGGCAAGAUGCAAGUCCUCGACCGCAUGCUCGCACGCAUCCGUCAGGACACUAACGACAAGAUUGUCCUCAUCAGCAACUACACACAGACUCUCGACCUGUUUGAGAAACUGUGUCGUUCUCGCGCCUACGGUUGCUUACGCCUGGAUGGCACCAUGAACGUCAACAAGCGCCAGAAGUUGGUCGACAAGUUCAACAACCCCGACGGAGAGGAGUUUGUCUUCCUCCUCAGCUCCAAGGCUGGUGGUUGUGGCCUCAACCUUAUCGGCGCCAACCGACUAGUCCUUUUCGAUCCCGACUGGAAUCCCGCCGCAGACCAGCAAGCUCUUGCCCGUGUGUGGCGUGACGGCCAGAAGAAGGACUGCUUCGUUUACCGCUUCAUCGCCACCGGAACGAUCGAGGAGAAGAUCUUCCAGCGCCAGUCCCACAAGCAGUCGCUGUCCAGUUGCGUCGUCGACUCCGCCGAAGACGUCGAGCGCCACUUCUCGCUCGACAGUCUUCGCGAGCUGUUCCAGUAUCGCCCCGGUACAAACUCGGAUACGCACGACACGUUCAAAUGUAAGCGGUGCAAGCCCGAUGGCCGGCAGUAUAUCAAAUCGCCCGCCAUGCUGUACGGCGACACGAGCACAUGGAAUCAUUUCGUCAACGAGGCUUUGAAGCCGAUCCAGGAUCUGUUGCUGAGGCAAGAGUGUGGUGAGCCUGAGGUGUCGGCGGUGUUUCAGUACAUUUCGCAUUAG